AUGUCAUUAGAUGAGUCAAUUGUGGCCAAGUCGGUUCUGCAAACGGGUGAAAAUGCAUCAGCCAGUCGUCGGCUCACACGCGCUCCGUCCUCUCCCAGCACGCGACGUUCGUUCUCUAUCGCGCCUCACAACGUCUUCCUAUUCUUAGUCGGGUUACGAUUGGUCAAUGCCUUGACGACAAGGACAUUCUUCCAGCCAGACGAGUAUUUCCAGGCCUUGGAGCCAGCAUGGCAGUGGGCAUUUGGAGGAAGAGCAGGAGCGUGGAUAACAUGGGAGUGGAAGAACCAUCUGCGAUCAGCGAUACACCCUGCCAUCUUCGGGCUAUGCUACCAGCUGGCCGACACCGUUGCUGAGCGCUUGAUAUUGCAAAGCCCUGUUCGCUCAGAGGUCCUGCUUGCUGCCCCAAAGACCUUACAGGCAUUCUUCGCCGCGACAACGGAUUUCUAUACCUGGAGACUUGCGUCCUACGUCUACGGGAAAGACUCGGCAGCAGCUCUGGCAACGUUGUUGUUAACUGUGGUCAGCCCGUGGCAAUGGUUCUGUUCUACGCGGACAUUCUCCAAUUCGUUGGAAACGACCUUGACCGUCAUUGCCCUGUACAAUUGGCCCUGGCAUUGGAUGCUUCCACAAACUGGAAAUCACGACGCCGCCAAGGCUCCGCUUGAGAACCACGGGAUCCGCUCUCGAGACGAAUCUGCGGCGGAAAAGGGCUUGACAGACGAGUUGACCCGAUUGCGAAGGGCGCUGUUCUGCGCUGCUGUGGCGACAAUCCUCCGGCCCACGAAUGUUCUAAUAUGGAUGAUCUUGACAUUCACCACCUUCAUUCGGGAUUGGAACUCGAUAGGCCCAAACUGGGCCGAGUGUAUCCUGUUCGUGCGCGAAACAGUGCUCUGUGGGAGCAUGGUUCUGGCCUCUUCGACCAUACUUGAUCGACUAUUCUACGACGCUUGGGUCUUCCCACCCCUGAACUUCCUCCAGGUCAAUGUUGUCCAGUCACUGGCAAGCUUCUACGGCAACAAUGAUUGGCACUAUUAUGUUUCCCAAGGGUAUCCUCUUCUUUUAAUGACGGCACUACCAUUUACAUUGACCGGACUGUUUCGAGCCUUGAGCUCAAACGAUGCAUAUUUUGCACAGACACCUCCGGCUGGCCGCGGUGCACUUCGCUCUCUCUCCAUCAUAUGUCUUCUUGUCCCAGCGGCCUUCUCAGUCAUCGCACACAAGGAAGUGCGCUUCAUCUAUCCCUUGCUUCCAGCUCUACAUACUGUGACUGCCUUGCCUUUGGCGUCCUUCUUCCAGCCGUUGACAACCUCGUCUUGGUCGUCUCACAUGACAAAGCGACUUGUCCUCCUCCUUAUUCUGUCCCUAAAUCUCACAGUAUCAUACUACACCACCCAGAUCCACAAUUCCGGAAUUAUCGACCUAACACACUACCUACGUCACGAGUUCGAGGCGGUCUAUCUUGCCUCUCCCACACCCUCAAACAUGACGGUUGGCAUGUUCAUGCCCUGUCACUCCACCCCAUGGCGCUCACAUUUACAAUACCCCCCGACCUCGACCCACCCAGGCAUCCGAGCUUGGGCUCUGACGUGUGAACCGCCACUCAAUCUCAACGCGACCGAGAAAUCAAGCUAUUUGGACGAAGCAGACCAAUUCUACGCCAACCCUUCGCUCUGGGUGAAGAAAUACAUGUCACGCCACCCUCCACAACGCAAGGGCAACACUAGACCCAGCGGCUCGGUGGCAGGAAUUCUCGCGGCCCCAAAUAUACAGGGUAAGAUCGACACCAUACCUUCCGAUCUCCUGGAGAGAGAGCGGGCAGAACAUUUCUGGCUCACCAGCGGCCAAGGCCGAAAGCCAUGGCCAGACUACCUCGUCUUCUUCGCCCAGCUAGAACCCUCUUUACAAGUAAUCCUCAGGGGGAGCGGAUAUGGCGAAUGUGAGCGACUGUUCAAUUCUCACUGGCACGACGAUGGGAGACGGCAGGGCGAUGUAGUUGUGUGGUGCCUCGAUCCUGCAAGACAGCGGGAACAGAACCAGAAGACAACCCUGGGAAUCGAGACCAAGUCUAGUAUCGACAUGGAUGAAUUCGAAGACGCAAUCCACGACCCAUCCGCGUUGGGAGAUACAGGGAAGACGGGGCAGAAGGUCCUCGGCGGCGGCGGCGGCGCUGCGAAGGGAAAAAAUAAAGAGCCGUUCAGGAGGGUGGUCGAGAAGCCCUUUUGGAAAGUCAGAGGGCCAGAAAACUGA